ACAUUCCGUCCCAUAUAAAUAUAUUGUUGUGUCUUCUCUAUACCUAUUUUCUCAAAUCCCUCACUUUCGCUUUUCUUGUGCGCGCCUAUUUCGUUCGUGUUCUCCACAGUAUCCUCCAUCCUCCACGCCGUCUUUGCCUCUUCGGUCAUUGAUAGGGCCGUUAGUUUCGGGAAAGUCCCGAAUGAGGAAGUCGGACGAUGCCUCCGCAACUUAGGAAACGCCCGGCGCCACCGCCCGAUGCCUUACCGACAGUCUCCCAGUGCCGCUGGGAACUCCGGAGAUUCGCCACGAGCCACCGCUGUCCAGAGAUCUCCACGGCCAAGGAAGCACACAGGUUUCUCAACAACAUCGGUGCCUACGCCGAUUUGCCCCGGUUUUUCAAGCCGUGCACGAAAAGCGACGACCAGUCGUGUCACCUGCUGGACCAGCUCGACAUCUGGAACCAGUUUCUGCAGGAGGUGGGCAUGCUGCUUGAGGAAGUGGCUCCGGGGACACUCGGCGUCGCUCCACAGUGCAGGGAUUCUGACGGCCCCGCAACGGACCACUGCAAUCCUCACGGAUGGGUGCUCCUUCACUGGCUCUUCAAGGAACAUCGCUGCAUUGCAAACCUACGGCUCCUCAGUCCCAACAAACGUUCCCAGCUCCAUCUGGGCGACGCACUGAGCCAGAACUCUGGGCUCAGGAUGCUGACACUGAGUUACGAGACAAGCGAAGAGGAGCUCAGGAUGAUCUACUCCACCGUGAGACGUUGGACAAAGCUAGAGAGCUUGACCAUCAGCGGACUAGCUCUGUCCAAUGACACUGCGGUGCUACUGGAAGCGUCCCUGGAGAAUCUGCCGUCGGUGAGGUCUUUGGACGUAUGUUUCUUGAGUAUCGCUCCUGCCUGUGAUGCUGAGCUACUCAAGGGUGUGUUCGAGAGGAUGUCAGCACUGACAUCGCUCACCUUGUCCUACAUGUUUGCAACACCAGACAUUGAAUUGGUGCUCCACAGCCUGGGGCCCGGUCUGUCCGAGCUCAGGGUGGAUGACAGUUUUCUGGUACCCCAGGAAGGAGCAAUCUUCCAAGAAUUUCUUUCUGGCAACACCGUCUUGAAUAAGCUGACCCUGAUCCAAAAGGUGUGCACAGGAAUGGGCGAGCUCGAUAAUGUUUUCAAGGGUCUUCUGCUAAAUCAUAACCUCGACGAACUGCACCUUUCGGGCUUUGGCCUCGAAAAUCCCACGAUGGAACUGCUUGCAGAAGCUGUGGUGGAGCACAGCACGCUGAAGAUUUUGUCUGUCUUUUUUUUUGACGAGUGCUGGGAGAUGGACGGUACACCUCUUGCGAAGAUGCUGGGUCAGAACAAGAGCCUCCAAGAACUGAAGUUCGAAGUGGGCGAAGUUGCCUGCUACGACGCAUUCGCCGAUGCAGUUCGCAAGAAUACCACUCUGAAGAAGCUGUCUCUCAAUCUUGUCCAGUUAGACAAUUUGGCCGAAAUCUUUGUUUACAGGGGGUUUCUGGAGGCACUCUCGUCCAAUGGAACGAUCCAGCAGGUCAAGCUGGGAAGCAUUUACUCUGUUUUAGUCAGCCAAUUCAGCGAGCUUCUCCGUGAGACUGGGACUGAAAGAAGGGUAACUUUUGAAGUCGACUUGACCGACAGCGAGUUGUUUACCGAGGCUCUGGAGAAAUGCUCGGGACUCGCUGAAAUGAGUUACUCAGACUGGGGGUCCAAAAUCCCUGUGCCCCCAAGUGCAUAUCGGCACCUGAUGCGCUAUUACAACCUUGAGGACUUGGACAUCACCCUCUUGCAUCAACCGAUCGAUGACGAGACCGUGACUGCCCUGGCUGAGUUUCUUGCAUCUACCAGAACCCUGCAGUCUCUCUGUCUCGACUUUGACUCUUCACCGGCGGCCACACAUGCACUCUUGGACGGCAUCUCGUGCAACAGGAGCAUCUCAAGUUUGGUCAUAAUAAGGUGGACUUUCAACGAACUGAAUGCCUGCCUGUUGUGGCAAAUCUUGAGGAACACGGACAUUCUCAACAAAAUCUAUCUGUCGCUCUACAAUAACAGUGAUUUCAAGGCGCUGAGCCAGUUUCCUGAACGUCUGCUAGACAACCACAGCCUGCUCUCUGCAGAUUUUUCAGACUUCCCGGAUUUCAUGUUUCAAAUCAAGGACGUGAUGCGGCGGAACUUAUCGACCCUCUACCGCGCGGUGAUGUUUGUGAUGGGUUCGCGUGGAAGGCGCUAUGCCGAGGCCUUUGAGCGUGUCUCGAGGAGUCCCGCUUUAGUCAAGGAAGUGCAGAAGUCUGCCUCCGAAUCCAAGGAAGAUGCCAAGGAACGGGUGCGGUGGGCCAAGGACUACCUGAACCAGCACUUUCUGGCGGCAGCUGGUGUUGUCAAGGGCACUCUUGUGUGUACCGAGAAUGGACGGCUCCAGCUGGAUCAGAUUGGCUUGGACAGCUGGCUCCACAUCCGACGGUACCUCAAAGUGGCUGAUAUCAAGGAAUCCACUGACCAGCCAUCCACAUCCCGUCACCUUUAUAAGAAGCGUCGAUCGAGGCGUUAGAUGUGUAGAAAUUCCUUGUAGCUCUUUUUUUUAAAUUGUUAUUCAAAAUGAUUUCUUGUUAUAAUUGGCUGGAAGAAAAAAGAAAAACCUUC